AUGGCUGAUGAUGAUAAACUCACUCAAGAAACUAAAAUUGAUGUAGCUGAUACAAAUAAUCAGAAUGAAUCUACCUAUUCGUUUCAAUUGACCGAUGACUUGAGCAGACACCCAGUAAACUCCUUGCCUCCAAGCUGUAGAAGAGUUAAACUAUACGAAAUAUCAUCAUCAAAUGAUAAUUGGCUGGACAAGGGAACAGGAUUCUGCUAUUUUGACGGUGAUUUGGAGUCGAAGAAUCCGAAACUAUUGAUUAAUCUGGAGCACUACGGAACCAAGACGCUGGUUUCGACAAAUAUAAAGGAGAACUCAGACUAUUCGUCUCAAAAUGAUUCUAUUAUAAUAUGGCAGGAAUCUGGCGAUUUGAGGCUCUUCAGAGCACUUUCAUUCCAGAACGUAAUAGGUCACAACGCCUGCUGGUCCUAUAUACGGAACUUCGUGGAUGAAGCCAAUAUGCAAUCUUCGGGGUCGAAUGUGUCAGUACACUCGAGCGAUGCGACUGCGAACUCACUAUACAGAAUAUUGCCAGUGCCCACGGCGAGCUCGUUACAGAAGUUGGAAUCGUCUCUCGAGACAUACCUGUGCCAGACGAAUUUGUCAGAAGGGAUAUAUAUGGAUCUACUGGAGAAAAAAUGGUUGAAGGAACUGUUUGGAUUCAUGUAUAAGUGUAUAAUAAACGAAGAUUUGAACACUAUGUCGGCAAUAUCGUCAAUACUGCUGAAGUUCGUGCUUAAUUGGUGCGGGUCGCUGGAGCUGAUGCACAUAUUUGUCUCGGACGACGUGUUUUUUGACCUUUUGAAGUCAUUUGAAUAUGACGUGGACCUGAUAUCGCAAAACAUAAGAAUGGAGCACGUGAAGUUCUUUAAGAAGUACGUGAGGCAUCACGAAGUCAUCCCAAUCAACAACGCGACCUUCUACCAGCUGAUACACGCGAACUAUAGGAUCAACUACCUGAAGGACGUUAUUCUGCCGAGGCACCUGGACGAGUUCUCGAUUCAGAGAAUUAACUCGACAGUGUACGCAAACAUGACGGAAAUAAUGAACAUCAUCCUGACGGAGGACAACAACUUCUUCGACCUGCUCAAGUCAAAGCUGUCGUCGAACUACAUGGCAGCACUGUUCCUGAGAGAACUGCUGCUGACGACAAGGUCGAGUAACCUGGUCUCGCAGACUGACAGGAACUCGCUGAUACUGAUGGUAAGAAACUACCAGCUGCUCAACGAGUUGAACGGAUACUUUGACGAGUCGUGCGAAGCGUGCAAGAUGUACAAGGAGACGCUGCUGCCGUUGAACAAGCAGUCGGAGGAAUAUUAUAAGAAUGUCAAGUCGGUGCUGUCGAGCCUCAAAGGCAGGAGUGAGCUUAACAAGCUGAACCACACGACGGAGGAGGGGCAGGAAGGAACUAGUGCGCCCAGAGAAGGGAGUGGAAGCGACUCGGCAUUUGAGGAGAAAGCAGAGUUGAUAAACAGAGAGGAGUACAGACCGAACCUGCUAUGCACGAGCAGGCACAGGCUAAUCGAGCCGCUGAGUCUGGUGGUGGAGAUAUUCCACACGUGCCAGGACAUAUUCCCAGCAAUAGUGCGCUCAGCAGUCUUCAUCGACGCGGAGAUCCACGGCUCGCCGAGGUUGCUGCUGGGACUCUGCGACGUGCUGCUGAACGUGUCGAACGAAGGGCUGCAGUCGCAGACGAGGGAGAUCAUAUCGAGGCUGCUCGACCCGAAAAACAUGGACCUGCCGGAAAAGGACGAGAUCUGCAACAUUUUCUAUGACAAGGGAGUGCUGGACUACCUGAUGAACUACCUGAACAACUCGACGACGCAAAAACCGAGCACCGAGGGAGAAAGAACGCCGAGAUUAGCAAGUGAAGGGGACACGCAGAAAAAUAGAAGCAGCGAUGUGAGCAGUAAGAAUAGGACAGACGUCUGCACUGCGUCAGAAGAGGACACGAACUCGAGUGAAAUAAUGGAUCUGGAUGUGAAGAACGACACCACAGUCGAUAAGAUCGAAAUGAACAUAAACGCAAAGUUGAACAUAAUGGAGAUCUUAUCGCUGUGCGCAAGAGAGCACAAACACAGGUUUAAGCUAAGAGUGCAGUCGCAAAAGAUACCACUGAAGGUCAUCAAGUCCUCAAUGUCGCCCUACGACAAGUUCCUGGUGGUGGGCUCGAUCAAAUUCAUUAAAAUCUGCAUACAGAUGAAGGUAAGCCACAGGUUUAAACACAGAGACAAGCUGGUGAACAAGCACAUCAUCAGAUACAAUAUACUCAGAUACAUACUGUGGAUACUGAUGUACAAGGUGGACGCGUACAGCAGUAACGGGUCGAUACUGGAGAGCGCGUGCCUGUCGCUGCUGGCAGCAAUAGAGGCGACGGGCACAGACUCGCUGAUCGUGUACCUGUUUGAGGACCCGUUCUGCCAGAACAUCACGACGAAGCUUAAGAAGUACAACGCGUGCUACAACAUGCUCUUCAACAACCUGCAGAGAAUAUACCACUCAAUCAACAACAAAAGCAGCUUCGACGAAAACAAGUGGUUUGAGGAGGACGAAGACGAGGAGGAGGAGGACCUGCUGGCGGAGAAACGUAAGAUGGACCAGGACGCAAUGCUCGAAGAUAACCUGAUAAGCGUGUACACGGCGACCGGCGCAAACUUACUCUACGAGGAUUCGCCGAGCGACAAAUGGGUAAUAAACAAGAAGAUUAAGAUAACUCCAAGCAUUAAUAAUAACCUGAUGGAAGGCGGGAUUAAUAAAAAAAUCACAGUCAAGCUCAAAAACAAAGACGAUCGGUCGAUUGCGGAUGAGUUUUUGUUGGACGCACAGGACGUUGACACUAUAAACUAA